ACCUGGAGCUUCCUGCUGCCUGAAAAGUUCCUUAGCCAAGACCUGAGCAGGCUGAGCCUGAAAGCCGGCAAACUGUGAGUAGGGGCUCACACCAAAGAAUCUAGGUUAGUGGCCGAAGGGAGAUGCUCCUUAGGUGGGUGACCAAUGGCCAACCACCAACAACCAAACAGCAGGUGUCUGCCCAACGCCAGGCUGAUCCUCAACUCCCAGGGGCUUGCCUGGGCCCCUUCCUUGGCAGGAACUGAAAGGUGACCUGACCCUACAGGGGCGGGCCAGGGCACGGGCCCGGCCAGUGGCGCAGGUGGGCGUGCCGACCAGGAGGGGAGGCGGGACCUAUAAAGCUCUCUCCAUUCCGGAGGCGGAGCGGCCGGGUGCAGCCUGUGCUGGUGGGCGCGGUGGCCCGGAGCCUUGGACUCGCUGCAGGACUGUGCAGGGAACCACUGUCCAAGCAUCGGGCUAAUAGGGGGCGCCUGCCUCGGUUUACCCUUCAGCGUCUGGUGAAAUCCCGCAGCGUCUAGGGAAAGAUCCGUUCUGCUCCGCGAGGGAAACAGAGCCGUUGACCAUGGUUGCAACGGGCAGUUUGAGCAGUAAGAACACGGCCAGCAUUUCAGAGUUGCUGGACGGUGGCUCUCACCCUGGGAGUCUGCUAAGUGAUUUCGACUACUGGGAUUAUGUCGUCCCCGAGCCCAACCUCAACGAGGUGGUGUUUGAAGAGACAACAUGCCAGAAUUUGGUUAAAAUGUUGGAGAACUGUCUGUCCAAGUCAAAGCAAACCAAACUCGGUUGCUCUAAGGUCCUGGUUCCUGAGAAACUGACCCAGAGAAUUGCCCAAGAUGUCCUGCGGCUCUCGUCCACAGAGCCCUGCGGCCUCCGGGGCUGUGUUAUGCACGUGAACUUGGAAAUUGAAAAUGUGUGUAAAAAGCUGGAUAGGAUUGUGUGUGAUGCUAGUGUGGUGCCGACCUUUGAGCUCACGCUGGUGUUCAAGCAGGAGAGCUGCUCCUGGACCAGCCUGAAGGACUUCUUCUUUAGCGGAGGUCGCUUCUCGUCGGGCCUUAGGCGAACUCUGAUCCUCAGCUCGGGAUUUCGACUUGUUAAGAAAAAACUGUACUCUCUGAUUGGAACGACAGUCAUUGAGGAGUGCUGAGGAGGAAAAAACAAUUAAAGGUCCCUAAUGAGUGGCUAAUAAACCUCUGGAGCUAUCCAGCCGUCA